GUUUGCUUCAGUUAGUGAUUCAAAUAUACAGAAAUAAAUAAUGUCCAAAAAUAAGUAUCUUACCGGUUUUGGCUCUCAUUUUUCGUCUGAAGAUCCCAGGUGCCCCAAUGCCUUGCCUGCAGGGCAGAACUCGCCUCAGCAAUGCGCCUACGGCCUUUAUGCUGAGCAAUUGUCUGGUACAGCAUUCACAGCCCCUCGUACCGAAAAUUUACGGACUUGGCUGUACAGAAAAGUGCCCAGUGCCGUGCACAAGCCGUUUGUACAAUAUAAGGAUUGCCAGUAUCUGAAUCAAAACUGGGAUGAGAGGCCACCAAACCCUAACCAACUACGUUGGAAGCCAUUCGAUAUACCGGUACAAAAGCCGGUGACAUUUGUGGAGGGAUUACAUACCGUUUGCGGAGCUGGGGAUACUCGAGGUAGACAUGGCCUAGCGGUGCACGUAUAUAUGUGUAACAAGUCAAUGGAAAAUACAGCGUUUUAUAACAGUGAUGGCGAUUUCCUAAUCGUACCACAACAAGGGGUUUUGAAUAUUACAACCGAGCUUGGUAAAAUGAGUGUGGCGCCAAAUGAAAUAUGUGUUAUACCACUAGGUAUUCGUUUUGCAGUUGAUGUGGAGGGCCCAACCAGGGGCUACAUUUUAGAGGUCUACGAUAAUCACUUCCGCAUACCAGAUUUAGGACCGAUUGGGGCCAACGGGUUAGCUAAUCCGAGGGACUUUAAAACACCUGUGGCCUGGUUCGAUGAUAGACAAAUUGUUGAUUUCCAGAUUAUUUCUAAAUUUCAGGGCAGCUUGUUUGUGGCAAAACAAAAUCAUAGCGCAUUUGAUGUUGUGGCCUGGCAUGGAAACUAUGUACCCUAUAAGUACGAUCUUUCGAAUUUUAUGGUCAUUAAUUCGGUUAGCUUCGAUCACUGCGAUCCAAGUAUUUUUACCGUCCUUACUUGUCCGAGCUCUCGGCCAGGCACAGCGAUAGCGGAUUUUGUAAUCUUUCCACCCAGGUGGUCUGUACAAGAACACACCUUUCGACCUCCAUAUUAUCACCGGAACUGCAUGAGUGAAUUCAUGGGACUUAUUUUGGGUCGGUACGAGGCUAAGGAGGAAGGCUUUGUCGCAGGUGGAGCUACACUGCAUUCCAUAAUGACUCCUCACGGACCAGACGCAAAAUGUUACGAGGCUGCCAGCAAAGAUAAUCUGCGACCUGAACGUAUUGCAGAGGGCACGCAGGCGUUUAUGUUCGAGUCUUCACUAAGCUUGGCUGUAACUAAGUGGGGAGAAGAAACGUGCAAAAAGAUAGACAGUCAAUAUUACGAAUGCUGGCAAGCACUCAACAACAACUUCCAAUUAAAAAUGUGAACCAAUACAUGGCUACUCUUCAUCUUUCUAAGAAUGUUAAAGUUACGGAAAAAUCUGUUAAUCUAAUCAAAAUGAAAUGGGAAAUGUAUUUUAGAGAAGUGUAAUAAAAAAUUAUUAUUAAGA